UUGCGAGUUUUAUCUACUAUGAUGACCAAGACGAAGUCCUCGCUUGUCAUCGGCUACAUUCAUCCCAUGUAUUACGUGGAAGACCAGGGAACCAUAAAACGCGUCCGUAUAAAAUAAUUGAAAACCUGGAAAUUUUGGAAAACUUUGUCAACGUCAUCAUCAUCUGUAAUUUGAAUAUGAUUAUAUAUUUAAUUAAGUUAUAAUUAAUGUCUUGAUUAAUCUACAGCCAUCACAACCCAAUUGUUAACAUGAAAACGUCAAAAUCGAUCUGUACCAUAUGCUAUAUAUCCCCAGAUAUAGUUUCCAAACUAAAUCACUUGUUUAAUACCAUUUCCGCACCAGUUAGCGUGUUGAACAGUCUGCUUUGUUUACCAAACCAAGAAAAUUAUUCUCCCGUUAAAAAGGAAAAAAAAAACGGAUGCUACCUAGUGAAGGUCACCACGUUCUUUUGCAGAGGUUACAUGUGCAGUACUCAUCAAACCCAAAUGCUUAUGUUUAUGAUGAGAAGACCUCAUUAGGGCAACCUCAAGAUGAAGUUCCUUGGUCUGUCGGAUUCUGUGAUUGCUUCUCCGACAUGAAAACUUGUUGCAUAGCUUUUUGGUGCCCAUGCAUCACUUUUGGCCAGAUUGCUGAGAUUGUUUACAAGGGAUCAACCUCAUGUGGAGCAAGUGGGGCAUUAUACACAUUAAUAUUGCUGAUCACCGGUUGUUCAUGCUUGUAUUCUUGCUUUUACCGCUCCAAACUGAGGAAGCAAUACAUGUUGAAGGGAGGAGGAUGUGGUUAUUGCAUGCUUCAUUUUUGCUGCGAGUCUUGUGCCUUGACUCAAGAAUAUCGUGAACUCAAGAGCCGCGGAUUCGACAUGACCAUCGGUUGGCAUGCUAACGUGGAGAGGAAUAGAGGAUUGGCUAUGGCUCCAGUGGUGGAGAAAGGGAUGAGCAGAUAGAUGAUGGAUAUAUUAUAUAUGUGUGUGUGCUUAUUACAUGCUCUUUACUUUUUUUCU